CAGCACGUUGUCGGCGAAACGAACACAUUGCAGCACUCAUGCAUUUACAAGCACGCAGCAUGGCCGCGGACAAUGGUAUGUCAAAUGGCCAGGAAACGGCCUCGCUAAAUGGGGAACCAGCCAUGAAGAGACCCCGAGAGAGUGAGGUUGAAUCUUUACGGAUUCCUCGGGAGCCAAAGAAUAAAGUGACAGUAGUUCUUGGGGCUCAAUGGGGUGACGAAGGAAAGGGUAAAGUGGUGGACCUCUUGGCAAUGGACGCAGAUAUUGUAUGCAGGUGCCAGGGAGGAAACAACGCAGGACACACCGUGGUGGUGGACUCGGUGGAGUACGAUUUCCACCUGCUGCCCAGUGGAGUGCUGAACAAAAAGGCCAUGUCCUUUAUUGGCAACGGGGUUGUGAUACAUCUGCCUGGGUUGUUUGAUGAGGCUGAAAAAAACCUACAGAAAGGAAAAGGACUUGCAGGAUGGGAGGAAAGACUGAAGAUUUCUGAUCGUGCACACCUUGUGUUCAACUUUCAUCAAGCUGUUGAUGGAAUACAGGAGCAACAAAGGCAACUGCAGGCUGGGAAAAAUUUGGGAACCACCAAAAAAGGCAUUGGCCCAGCAUACUCUUCUAAAGCUGCCCGCAAUGGACUGAGGGUGUGUGAUUUGGUGGAUGAUUUCGCAGUCUUUGAGGAGAAAUUCCGAGUUCUGGCAGGUCAUUUUCAGGCCAUGUAUCCUAAUCUCAACAUUGAUGUUGAUGCUGAACUAGACCAGCUGAAGAAAUUUGCUGAGAGGUUGCGCCCCUUGGUGACGGAUGGAGUGUAUUUCAUGCACAAAGCUCUGACUGGACCAAGCAAGAAGAUUCUAGUAGAGGGGGCUAAUGCAGCUCUCUUGGAUAUUGACUUUGGAACCUACCCGUUUGUGACCUCAUCCAACUGCACAGUGGGAGGGGUGUGCACAGGGCUUGGAGUGCCUCCGUCCCACGUGGGUCGAGUUUAUGGAGUGGUGAAGGCCUACACCACCAGAGUUGGAGUUGGAGCUUUCCCAACAGAGCAGGACAAUGACACAGGCUCUCUGCUGCAGUCUCGGGGCAGAGAGUUUGGGGUCACCACAGGCAGGCGACGUCGCUGUGGCUGGUUGGACCUGGUUCUCGUCAGAUAUGCCCACAUGAUCAAUGGAUUCAGUGCCAUUGCCCUGACCAAAUUGGACAUCCUGGACACUCUGCCUGAGAUCAAAAUAGGCAUUGCGUACAACGUCGAUGGACAAGCCCUCCCCAGUUUCCCUGCAAAUAUGGACAUGUUGACUCGGGUGUCGGUGGAGUACGAGACCCUGCCCGGUUGGUGCUGCAGCACUGAAGCCGUGCGUUGUUUUGAUGAGCUGCCUUCUCAAGCACAGGACUACAUCCGCUUCAUCGAGAAGUUUCUGCAAGUGCCAGUGAAAUGGGUUGGAGUCGGCAAGUCGCGUGAAAGCAUGAUCAAGCUGUUUUGAUCCAGUGUGGCACACGGUAUCCCAAGUAUGUGGGACUCCAGUCCACAUUUUGUGGAUCAAGGCAAAGAAUAUGUUAAAUAUUGGACCACAUAAUGUCCCACAUAACGUCCUUGUCAAACAUCAGCACCAGCAGCAGAAUGAGAGCACAGGUUCAGUGGAACCUGACCCAUUUAACCUUUAAAUGGUUCACCAGACCAGUGCCCACUUACAUUCCAUAAAGGCUUUUUUAUCAUAUAAAUAUUCCAGCGCACAAAGAAACUGACUGACCAUUACAUUGUGGUCAUAUGUGAUUGAAUGUGGGCAUUCUGUUUCAACGGAGGAAUUGAAGGAGUAUUACAGGCCUUCUAUUUUUUUUCUUCUUAUUCUUAUUCUUCCCCUUCCCUUCUGAUAAUGUCAUGAAGGUUUGGGGUAAGAACUUUGAUUUGUAGUGUGUUUAAUUUGAAGUUUGAUAAUAAGUGAACAUCCUUGCAGAAUAACUGUAAAUGGUUUCAUAUAGUUAUUUUUAUUCACUGAUGCUUAUUUUCAUUCACUGAACUUUGUGACCUCGAUGAUUUCACGCAAGUCCUGUGAUUUCUCUGCACCUGAUUUCCAUCCUCUGUUUUGGUUAUUUGUGUUUUGCAGCUAGCUCAAGCUCAAAAUUACACUUCUAAGCAAUAGCCUGUAUGAGCUAUUCAGACUAUUCUAAUGUCUCAUCUCUUAUACAUUUUCAGAAUGUAUAACCUUAAAUAUGACAUGAGAUCCAUAAUCACUGUGCAGCGUGCUGUGAAAGACCUUCACUUGGAUUAGGAGGUAACCUGAUGGAAAGGAAGUUGAUGAUCACAGGCAAACUGUUCUCAAAAAUAUUUUCAUAGCACAUGUUCACUUAUUGGUUAGAUUUGACCUAGCCUAAUAAAUCAAAUAACACAAUUCAAUGAGGGUAAGGGAAACUGGCUAUAGCUAAAUUACUUGUGCCAAGGACCACAGGCAAGUGUUGUAGGGCUUUCUUUCAUUUUUAAGUCUGUCCCAAACUUAAAAUGUAAAAAUAAAAGGCCUCAAAAAAAGGCAUAUGGUUGAAUUUUACCACUGGACUUGGUGUGCAGAUGUGAAAUUGUUAUCGUUGGGAAAAUUUUCCAAAAAUACAUAUAACAUUGUGUCGAUAUCUCACUGAAAACAUUUUGUUGAAUGUUGAAGCAUUCUUAUUUCGCUUUACCCAUAUGAUGUAUAUUAUACCCCUGUUAAACAAAAUAUAAAAUCUUAUUCAUAAACACUUGCACUGUAGCCUAAUUAUCAAGUAAUGCCAUUCUGAAACCAUGCACUGUUGGUGCAUACCUAUGGUAUUGAAGCCGUGGUUGCUCCAAUGAAGAUCUUUGUAAUAAGAAUCUUAAGAGUUUUCAUGGAUAUAACCCAUGUUGUUUUUCCACUUUGAAGAUUCCAGUGAAUUGGUGUCAAUGUGUAACUGCAACAGCUGCUGAAUGAGUAGUCAGUAACAACACUUAAAGAUUCCUUUUUUAUGCAAUAUUUUCUUUGAAUGGUAAAGAACAUUUAAUCAUAAAGGACCACAAGCAAAUUUGUAUGUUAAAAUAAUCAAAGCUCACUGGCAUUCCUAUGCAUAUGUCAACCUUUUUGACUCACUAUCUGCUCUUUCAGAUCAAUAAAAUGGUUGAGCUGCA